CUGCGAGGUUGCAUGAAAUGGCGAUUAGUCCUGGUGAAUCUGCGCGCGCGCAAGCUAAGGCCGUUGUCCUCGUUCCGAUGGCUGGCAGAGGAUGCAGAAGGCAGCAGUCACAGUGACUUUCUGGGACUCGACCCGAGCUUCGACGACCACGGAUCUGCAGAACCUCAUGAUCCUGAGAAAUGGCGAAUCCCAUGCAAUCCAAGCCCGAUACGCAACCGAGGGCCGCCGACGUGAAGCGGUUCGAUCGAUCGAUCGAUUCUUUGGCAGGCGGGCGGGCGGGCAUUCAAGAUCGAUGGACGAUCUCGGGACUCGGAGGACGACGUCAGCCGGUUAUGCACGAGAUGGGAAGUGAAGCCCGAAGGCCAGCGAUCGAUCUUCAGCGUAACGGCUCAGCGCCGGUGGCAUCAUCGGCCAGGCGGCAAGACCGUUCGGACAAGAAAGCCCUCCCUUCCUCCCUCCCUUCGAGCCUUCGGGCGCCGCUGCUCUUCUUGUUCGUGCUCAUUACUCGGUUCACUGGAAGCCUUGCGCGAGGGAGCAUUAUCAUAAAUAUCCCACAGCACGUCGCGUCGGCCAUGUGAAUUCAACCCUUCGGCCGUAGUUGCAUGCUCUCCUCCGGCUCCGAUGCUAGCGAUGGCCAUACUGCUGCGGUUGGUUGGGCAAGACUGGCGGUGAUGCGCGGAACCGAGAGCUUCAUGCGACGAGGAUUCGGGCCGUCUGCUGACUUUGAGUCUGAAAAGGAGGCGUUUGGUCGAGCCUUCUCCUUCAUGUCGGGCUACAGGAGUCGUGAUUGGGGGAAUAUUGUUCCUUUGUGGAAUACUUUCACCCCUCCGUGGUGAACUACUGAUUUUUGAGAUGAUUUGUUUUACAACCGUAUAUCCACUCUGGGGGUUGUGCAUGCAUGCAUGCUUGUAAAGCAAUAAACUGUACAUAGUUUCUUCCUUGCGCGGUGUUCACACUAGAAGUUUCCUCGAUUCGUCCUUCACAGGUCGUGGCAAAGGGACGGGACAAAGUGAAGUGGAUACAAAACGCUCAAUGAAAACCUUAUGAUUUUAUUGUGAUUGUGUACGAUACGUGUUACUAAGCUGGGAUUCCUCGCUUCACUCGACAAGACUUCAGCAUUUGGUCGUAAAGGCUUGGCUGGUAAUUUUGCGGACAAAUGCAAAAGCGAUUUAAUAGAGUCUUCACAUGGUUUGGGCGAACUGUCAAUGUCGAACUGCUCAUAUCACCAGAUGUAUUCAUGCUCGACGGUGACACUUUCAGUCCUUGUCAGAGGAACCUAAUCAGGAGAACUCUUUGCAGCUGAAUGUAUUUCUGUCUUAAUUCUGUCCAUAUACCAGUGUUCUUGUUCACGAGGACCAACUCGAUUUUUGAGUGCUUCUUUGCAUGACUGAAGGAGUGGAAGCUAGUGGUUCACAUGCCGAAUUCACCUUAAAGACGCCACAGCUUCAGACACACCAUGUGGACGCUGACACAAGCAAGUAAAUCUGUUGUGCACCAUAUGGUUACAGCAGUUGUAGAACUUUCCUCAUUGGUUUUUCCCCACCGCUGAUGGUUAGGUCAAUCUCAGCGCCAAUGAUACUUGCACCAUGUGCAGGUAUAUUCACUCGGUUAAUACAACAAUAUUUGUGUGGGGUUCCAGCUAUACUUUUUGAGGACAA